ACGUUAUCGAAAGGCAUCUUAAAACGUUAGCCGGAACUUUCGUAGCUCCUUAUUGCAAGAAAAUUUGCACUCGUUGCGUCUAUCUUAAUAAAAGUUAAUAAUUACCUAAUUUCAAAGUUUAAUAUUGAAAUGGAGGAUCGUUAUAAUACAAGUGCUCAAUUGCUUAAGGAACCAUUAUCAUUUGCUGACCUCAUCGAGAAUGGGGCCCACUUUGAGGUAGAUACAGCAAAUUAUAAUAAUACCUGCUAUGAGGAUUUUAAUGUGGAUGAUGAAGAGGAUGUUGAUGAGGAGGAAGUUGAACACGAGGCGCUUGUCUCACCCUGGACACGUUCCUUUGAUGAGUUGCGCCAGCUAAUGAAACCAAUUGGUGAACACAUCUACAAGCGCAUCACACGACCAGGCGUCAAGGAGCAGGGCCUGGUGCCGGACAAGGCGCGUGUGGCAUUGCGUUACAGCGGCUACUGGGAGGGACAGACCGCUCCAUUCGAUUCCUCGAUGCUGCGAGGCACUAAAUUCGAGUUCGAGACGGGUCAGCAGAUGGUGCUGGAGGGUCUCGAGGCGGCCGUACGCACCAUGUACCCCUACGAGCAGUCGGAGUUUAUCAUAUCAUACAAAUUGCUAUUCCACGAGAUGGGCUGUCCGCCGCGCAUUAAACCGCGUGCCGAUGGUCUGUUUAAGAUUGAGGUAAUUGGAUUCACAUUGAUUGGCGAUGAGCAUUCGCUGGAGCGAAUCGCGCCCGAGGAUCGUAACAAGUUUGCAGUGGUCUUUCCCAAGGCGCAGGAUAUGCAUUUGCAUGGCAAAGAUUGUGUGAAGCGUGGCGCCUAUCGCAACGCAGUUGCGGCCUUCGAGCGCGCGAUUGCAUCGCUCAACUAUUGCCGGCUGGCGGAUGAAAAGGAUGAGCUCAAGCAGCAGGAGUUGCUUAUUACGCUAUACACCAAUCUCAUGGUGUGCAACAACAAGCUGAACAAGCCGGCGAGCGUGUGCAUUGCCAUGAAGGCUCUGCGUCUGCUGACGCGUAAUCAGCCCUCCUGCAAGGCACUCUUCCAGGAGGGACGCGCACUGGCCGCCCUCGGCGAAUACGAGCGCGCACGCCAGGCUUUCGUGCAGGCACAGGCCAAGCAGCCCAACAACAAGGAGAUCAGCGAAGAAAUCAUCAAUAUGGAGCAGCGUGUCAGCAAAUACAAAAAGUCAAUGCGUGAGAUUUGGUCACGUGCGCUCGCUGGCAAACAGCAGCCGGAGAAGCUAGCCGACUUGAAAACUGAGGAGAACCAAGCGAACCAGCAAUUUCGGAGAGAUUUCGAAUUACAAUUGACAGAGUUUGAUAAGUCAUCCUUGCAAUCGAUCAAUAUGAACCGCAAAAUGUACACGGACAAGGAGUUCAAUGUGCUGCGCCUGCUGGCCUCACAGCACAACAUGAAAUUGAGUCUGUCCCCGUUGGAUGUGGAUCAGCUAACACUGUCUAAGCUGCACAUUAAGUAGACGCAACAGAUGUCAUAAUAUUAUUUAAGAAAUGGGAGACUCAGGUAUUUCUUUGAACCCAUUCAAGCCUCAAUUAUCUAAAGAAUGUGCCAUUAACUUUGCUCAAAGAAUUUAUUAGUAUAGCGUGCACUCGAAAAUUAGAAUUGGCGACCUUCAAGCCUUCUUCUUAAAUUUGAGACCUCAUUUUGUUUUCAUUAUUUACCAUUCAUAUCUUUUUCGAAAACUGAAACGGAUGCCUUAUUAUCAAGCCUAAUAUAGUUUAUCUUUAACCAAAGACUUAAAUACAUUCGAUAGAGCGACGACGGGAAAUACUUUUUAAGUUUUAUGAUUUUGUUAAAUACAGCUUAAUCUAAUCUGCCUUGUGCCCCAAAAAUUAUUCGAAUCUAUAAUAUUAUCUAUAGACAUGCCCAUGCUUGAAACUCGAAUAUAAAGUUAGCUUUUUGUUUCUUA